AUGCUGAAGAAGGCUGGAAUUGCUCUGUCAUCAGCAUGCGCGAAAGGAAUUGGAGCUUCCACAGGAGCUUCGUCGUCAGCUACGUUAGGACUUCGCCAACAAAACGAAUCAUUCACUAGAACUUCAACCAUCCCGCCUGAAGUUACAGGACCUAGGGCAUAUGCUGUAGUGGCAGAUGGGCGCAGUAGAGAUGCGCCCCAUCCAACCAUCCCAUGGCCCGAAGUCAAGUCAACCAACGCGGUUCCUACACCCUACGAGAUCUUUAACCAAAAGAAAGGAUCGCCGUAUUCAAAGCGUCGUUUCUACGAACUGGUGAAGAUUUACCACCCAGAUCGACUCAGCCAGAGCCGCUCCUAUGACGACGAGAUAUCGGACGCAACGAAGCUCGAGCGAUAUCGGCUUAUUGUGGCCGCGAACAACCUGCUCUCUGAUCCUGCCAAGAGAGCUGCAUACGAUGCGUAUGGGACAGGAUGGCAAGGAGAAUCAGACAAGGCUACACAACAUGGCAGCUGGGCCCCACCAUAUUCUGGCAGAAGUGGGGAGGGUGGCCCUGGUGGACCAAGAUACAACGCGACCUGGGAGGACUGGGAGAAAUGGCACCACAGGAACGAAAAGCAGGACCCGAUAUACUUCUCCAAUGGCGUGUUUGCGGUAUUAAUUCUUUUAUUUGGUACCAUCGGAUUUGUUGGACAGAACAGGGUGGUCGACAACUUCUCCUCAAGCUUGACACAUCAAAUCGAUGCGCUGCAUAGGGAUAUGAGCCAAGAACUUAUGAGGCGACGGAGAGAGGCCUCUAUGAAUGCUAACAAAGAUGAGAGAGUGCAUGAAUUUUUGAGGACACGAGACCAACUGGCCCAUGAGGCUGCGAACCCUCGUAGUGAACCCACCCAGAAACUACUACCACCCGCUGAUGUGCGCAGUAGCAAAUGA